CGGGUCUGUAGAACUGAACCCAGAGCUCUAGGUGAGACUAGUGAAAAUCAGUAUCUGUUUCAAUUCUCUUUAAACCAAUUGUGCACUGAACAUAAACAGACAAGAGUAAGUGAGAAUGAGGAAUGAAAGUGUUGAGAAGAUGUUUAGAAUUAUACCUUAUUGCACUAGGCAACAUUUUGGAAGGAGUUUCCCUUUAAUCUGUGUAAAUAAGCUCCAUCGCCUCUCUGAUUGGAUGUAGUAAGAUUUCAAAUCCCCUUUUAUCAGCAAAUAGUGUCCCGAAAUUGCACAAACUCUCAGUGACACUCAAUAGGCCACAUGUCUGUAUUUUGUUCCCUUUUAAUCUGAUGUUUAUUCAACAGGAAAGUGGGUUGAGCUUGAGUUGAGAGUCAGACUGAGCAGCGAGAGGCACAGAGCACCCGAAAGAGACUGAGAGAGAGGGACGAAGUAAGUGAGAGGACUGAGAAUCCAGAGAGAAGGUAACAGAUAGGGAAGGUUGAAGGUGAAAGAGGUUGAUGGGGCAGCAGAAGAGAAGAAAGUUGGGGCAUUAAUCAAUGGUACUUGAAAAGGUACUUGGGCUAAAAUCAGAGGUACUGGGUGCAAGAGAUAUUGGGGCAGUUAUAGGUGGGAAUAGAUACUGGGUGCAAGAGAUAUUGGGGCAGUUAUAGGUGGGAAUAGAUACUGGGUGCAAGAGAUGUUGGGGCAGAUAUAGGUGGGAAUAGAUACUGGGUGCAAGAGAUAUUGGGGCAGAUAUAGGUGGGAAUAGAUACUGGGUGCAAGAGAUAUUGGGGCAGAUAUAGGUGGGAAUAGGUACUGGGUGCAAGAGAUAUUGGGGCAGAUAUAGGUGGGAAUAGGUACUGGGUGCAAGAGAUAUUGGGGCAGAUAUAGGUGGGAAUAAGUAUUGAUGGGGGUAACAUACAAGCUUAAGGGGGAAUAGAUUGAUUGGCUGCCCAGUUAAAGUUUGGGAGACACAUACAGUGUAUGAGGGGCAGAGAGGGCACCAGAGGAAGUGGGUGCCAGGCCUGUGGUAAGACUUAGGGCCACAGAAAUAGACAGAGAAGGACUGAUGGGGUAAGUGGGUGUGAGGGAGACAAAACAAGUACAAAAGGAGAAGGAAGAAGAUAAAGAGAAGGAAGAGUUCAGUGAGAAGACGACAACGGAGCGAAUGACACCGACACGGAAACAACGAACUGAGAAUGGGGGUGUUGGGUGCCAAGUGCAGGACAUUGUGUCUCCUGAUGCUUCUCCUUCAGCUCCUGGUCUCUGCUCACAUCCAUCAAUCCCUCUGCCCUAAACCAGUGCUCCCCCCACAUAGUCAAGUUGCCCUUCUUCUCUCCAACGUGUCCCUGACCUGCCCGGGCUGUGAAGGAGAUGUUUUGUGGCGCCGUGGCAAAGCCGAGUCUUUCCUGCCCAAAAGGAUGAUGAAAGAGGGGCGUUUGCUCUUGAACUCCAUCCAAAGCAAAGAUGGGAAUCUCUACACUUGCAUUAAGGAGAAGCAAAGUGUUUGCUCAGUGGAGCUCCUGGUGGCAGAGGAGUUGGAAAAGCCAGAGAUGGAGUGCUACCUGCGGCACCCAGCCAGUAACAUCACCUGUGAGUGGAAAAACAACUCAAGUCUUCCUCAUGGAACCAAAGUCACCCUCAUUUCAAGCGUGAGGUAUAGAGCUCAGCCCAAAAUCAGCUCCUGUUCCUACUUCACCUUAUCCAAGAAGUACCAGUGCCUCCUCCAUUACACAGAGGGCAACAAAAAGAACUACUUCUUGUCCCUGUGUGUGUCCAGCCAGACAGACAGCACAAUAAGUAACAUCAUUAUGGUCAAUUACAUCUCUAUUCUGCAACCGGACCCUCCCAUGGAAGUGACUGUGUCACCAAUUGAGUUUGCUCCUAGAAAGUUACGAGUGACUUGGCAAAAACCUCUAUCCUGGAGCGGCAAUUAUUACCAGUUGUUGUAUGAAGUUCAGUACUGGGCAGAAAACUCCCAACAUGUCUCCAGUGUCAUGACAUCAAAGUGUAUUUUACAUAUUGUAGAUGCCUUCAAGGGCAGGAGGCAUUGUGUCCGGGUGAGGGCCAUCGAGGAGUUUGAAGGUUCAGGUUCAUGGAGUAGCUGGAGCCAAGAGGCCAAUGGAACCCCAUGGACAGAUUCUGCACAGAAAGAACCAACCACGGAGACAUCACAGGAGGUCCCCGGCAACUUUUAUACCAACCUCUACCCUAACAGCCCCGGAAUGGAAAGUGGGGAAGACUCCGGGAUACCGAUUUCACCCUCCAGGCCCCCCUGGUACACGUUUGUCAUUGGUGGGGUCAGUCUUGGCUUUAUCUUCCUGCUGGUACUGGUGGUUCUGCUAAGGAAAAGGUACUGGACUCUCCUCAAGGCAGCGCCAGAAGUGGACAACCUGUAUAGCAAAGGGGACUAAAUUAAGGACUCUGUACUGGUCCAUCCCUUCUGGGGUUCAAUCCCAAGAAAAACCUCCUGCCAAGCUUGGAAACAGAGCAGAGACCCCACUACAGAGUGAGCAAUGAGCUUGGGGGGCAGAGAUCUGAGCCCAAAUAGACUGUGUGCAACUUGGGGGAUGUGGGGGAGCCACAGUGCAAAGAGACUAUAUUUUGGACCCAUUCAGAACCCUAGUGAAAAGACAACUGGAUGUAAAUAAUGUUUACGUCUAAAUAAAUACUCUGUAGAAAUUUGGGUGCAACGUCUCUCCUGGUUCAGGGCA